GCAGGAUCAAUAUAACCAGCCAGCACUUCCACCGUGCGAGGGGUUUGGCAACUGCCUUCAAAUCGGCUCUACCCAAGGCAUCAGCAAAUAAGCAGGCUGUCGAGUUUGCAUUCCCUACAUCGACUGCCGCUUCGAAGCCUGUCAAGCGGAACUCCCUACCAAAUGGACAACUGCCGCUGCAGCUUCUGUAUCAACCAAGAUACCAUGCAGAAGGACCUCGAUACAUUCGAGAUACCACAAGACAUCCAAGCUUCAAGCGUCGAGGAGACUGCAGACGGCCUCAAGAUACGAUGGUCUGGCACUGAUGGUCAUGAGAGUUUCUAUCCUUGGGACUUUUUGAACUUCUAUCUGGAGAAUGACCGACGGCAGCCAGAGGCCGUAAGACUCGAGAACUUCGGCUCCGAUGGCCCCAAGAGCGUCAGACUCUCCUACGAGGAUUUCUACCCUGGUCACAACGAGCUCAGGGGCGAAGAAGCGGACCGCGUCGUCGGCCGUCUGACUGGUCUCAUUGCUCGCCACGGCCUCGCCUUCAUCGACAACGUGCCCACCUCGUCAGCUGAGCCAACACAGAAACUCCUUGAGAAAAUUGCCUUUAUCCGCGAGACGCACUAUGGGGGCUUCUACGACUUUAUUCCGGACCUGGCCAUGGCGGACACGGCGUACACCAACAUCGCCCUGCCUGCUCACACGGACAAUACGUACUUCAGCGACCCGGCAGGCCUGCAGGCAUUCCACAUGCUGUCGCACACGGGAGCUCCGGAAGGGUCAGCAUCCACUGUCGAUCUUGGAGGGCAGUCACUCCUCGUAGACGGAUUCCACGCCGCCGAGAUACUGAGGCGCGAGGAUGCAGAGGCCUUUGAGGUGCUCUGCGCAGUCAAACUCCCGUGGCACGCAAGCGGGAACAGGGGCAUCACGAUUGCGCCGCACAAGCGGUAUCCGGUGUUGGAACUAGCCAGUGAAGAGGAUGGAGGGAGUGGUGGUGCAGGGCAGUUGCACCGGGUUAGGUGGAACACGGCAGAUCGCGGUGUGGUGCCCUUCUCUGGCGAUGGAGAUGGCAAGACGUCGCCCGAAGCCUGGUAUGCGGCUGCCCGCAAGUUUGAUGGCAUCUUGAGGAGGAAGGAUGUCGAGUACUGGGUCCAACUUAAGCCUGGGACCCUGCUUGUCUUCGACAACUGGCGAGUCCUGCAUGGCAGAGCCGCAUUCACAGGCGUGAGGAGGAUGUGCGGCGGGUACAUCAACCGCGACGACUAUAUUUCGAGGUGGCGAAACACCAACUUUUCUCGGCAGGAGAUCAUGGAUAGAAUCGUGGGCUGAACGUCGAUGCCACACCGCAUGAGAUGCGGCGACAUCAUUCUUUCCGCCAGUAUUACCAUGUCAUAACACGUGAUGCAGCUGGGUCCGAGUAACCGCAAUCUCGGUUUGGCUCCUGACAGCAGAAUCAAGAAGGAUUUGCGUCCCACUUGGCUUGGGCGAUUUGGUGUCG